AUGGCUGCGUCGCGCAACAAGCUCGCCGUCGGCUCCGCGCCAUGGAUCCUCGCCGAGCGCCAGCAGGCUGCGCAGUUUGUCGAGCAGGAGGCCGACGAGUUCUCCUACUCGGUGCGCAAUGAGAUGGAAUGGCUGAACGAGCACAUGGCCGACAUCUUCAGCCGCCCCGAGCUAAACAUAACCGACACCUUCAAAACCCCGGGCAAGCUGCGCGGGAAGACGCCGCGCACAGCUCGCAAGCGCAAUCCCCAGGAAUCGCGCGCUCCGCUCACGGACAUUUUCGCCCCCAAUCCCGCAAAUGCCCCCAGCCCCGCGCGUGAAACCGACUUCUACAAGCAGAUUGAACAGAUACAGAUCGCAGAGGACCCCGAAGAUGCUGACAUGUCGGCCCCGCCACAGCCCGCAGAAGACGCUGAUCAGACCUCCAACGCCAUCCCCCCGGGCGAUUCUGGCUAUCACGGAAUGACCGAAGACGAGAUGGAGGUUGAUGACGACGAGUCGGUCGCAAGAUUGUCUCCCCGGAAAGAAAGCCCGGCGAAGUCGAUACAAUCCUCGCCCCCCAAGCCGCAGGAGCCUCUCAGGAAGUCUGCAUCCGCAUCUUUUGUCUCGGCAAAGGAAGACGUCGAACAAAUCGAAAUCCACGAAGACGAAGAUGACGCCGACAAUGAAAUCACCAUCCACGAAGACGACAUGGAUCUGGUUCCCACGCAGCCCGACGAGCCGCCCAUUGCCCAGGAAAAUGCGCAACCCAAGUCUCCGCAAUUCGGCGUCGGUGACCAAACCGCGUCCGCUCUCAAUUCAGCUCUCAAUGCCACCGAGGAUAAGCAAGACGAGCAAGAGGAAGAGGAAGACGAUGGUGCGAAAACACCCUCCGACGAUUCGAGUCCAGCAAAGCCGCUUUUGCGCAAGAGCAGCCUUACCUUCUCUUCCCUUCCCGCGCGUGAACCACUUGCCGGGAAGAAGAGUAUGGGCAGCAGGAUCUCGCGAACCAGCCAUGUGGAUCAGUACAAGGCUCGUAGCAGUCACUUUGGUAGGUUCACUGGCGGUAAAAGCCUUGGUGGAGGCCAGAACAUUACUGCGGCCGGGGACGACAGCGAAAGUGUGGGCGGCUCUGAGAGUGAAAACGAGAACGCGGAAACACACAAAAAGACGUCUACGCAGCGCCUCCACGAGCGCAUCAACAUGCUGGCCAAGGCCCAAGAACCAAGGACGUCAAAAUCAAUCCCUGGAUCUGCAUCUCAGGAACCGAACUAUCCCCAGCUUCCCACCGAGAAUGACGAACAGAGUGUGGAGCCCGAGGAAGUAUCAGAGUCCGAAGAACCUGUAAAACCACCCAAAGCACACAGCCCAGUGCCCAACAUCCAGGAUGAGGACGACGACGACGACGAUUGGAUUGCCCCCGUCACUGCUAAACCGCUCCCUUCAGCCCUAACUCUACCGGCUCACUCAAGAAGUGGCUCUGAUGACGUUAUGGAAGAGGUCAGCGGAAAGACUCCGCUUGGCGGCUUCGACGCAGAGAUGGAAGAAGAGUCGCGAUCGGAAAGGCGAACUCCCAUUAGACACGGCCUUGGCCACCUAAAGUCUGCCUCGGUCCCGAACCUCGAGUCCUCGGCGAAAAGUGCAUCGAAGGCGCCCGGAUCUUCACGUAAGAAAGCAACCUCUGUGUAUGAUCCCGAGCAACUGCAGGAUGUGGAGUCAAAUACGCCGGCCGGAUCACCAUCCAGGAUGGAUGAUGCUCCGUUGAGUGCCUCGAAAACCAAGUUUUUCUCCGUUUUAAAGUCCGCCAAAAGCAUCUUUGCAAGCAGUGCUGGUGUUAGCGCUCAAGCAAAGCUGGAGGCUUUGUCCCCAUCGUCACCGAGAUUGCGAGAGAAUUCUGCCACGGAACAAGUCUCGAGUUCCCCGAGACCUGCUCGCCAAACCAUUUUCGAUAGGCCUAUCAACCCAGCGAGCCCCGCGAGGCGUCCGGCGACUGCGAUUGGUACUCCUACCCGGAUGACGCGCGCCUCUCUUGAGCGACAACGUAAGGAGAAGGAAGUGGAAGCGCAAAAAGAACAUGAGGAGUCUUUGCAGAAGGCCACAGAAGAAGAGCAGAAGGUCGUAGAGAAGGGAAGACAACAAGGGAUGGCUGGCAAAGACGUUGCGGCUACGCGUCUUGGUGCUGCCUCUCGUGCUGAGACUGUGUCUUCAAGAGACGAUGAUUACACCUCGACCGACGAUGCGUCUAAGCCUGCCCGUUCUAAGCCAGGGCGCGGUCCACCUAAGAUGAGGGAGCCGAAGAGCCGACUAAUCAAGCCCACCGCAAGCAAGGAGAACCUUUCCAGGCCGAGACACAUCAAAGUUGGCCUUGGGUCCCAGAGACCGCAUCCGACGAAUGCAGAUUUGUCUAAAUCUCUCCACGGCACUCUCCCUGGCGUCGCAAAGACCCCAGCUGCGAAGAACCCCGUCGAUUCUGCCAACAGUUCCUUCGCUAAGAGCACUGGUCCAGUUGCCAAGCCGACGUCUUUGGCUCUGGCAGCGAAAAACAAGGAAAGAGAGGAACGUGAAGCUCAGCGCAAGGCUGAGAAGAAACGAGCAAUAGAGCAGCAGCGGGCGGAGAAAGCCGCAAGGGCUGAGGAAGAACGCCGGAAGGCCGACGAAGAGCGCAGAGCCGAGGCGCAGCGAAAAGCCGCAGAGCAACAGCGAGCACAGGAAGCCAAGCGGGCAGCUAGCAGGCAGGCUUUGGCUGCUGAGGCCAAAAAGCAGGAACAGCUACGGGCCCAGGCAGUCAGCAAGCAGACGAAGGAUUUGGCCCAAGCUCUUUCGAAGGAAAAGGCAGCAACUGUUCACGGUCAUCCUCGCGGUGACCUUGGUGGCGCUCGACCUAUCUCUCGAGUCAACACGGUCCUGAACAUUCCUCCUGUCAAUCCGGCCAAGCCUCCAAAGCGCUUCCAUGCCGAUGAAGAGACUGCGCCACGCCCACCGGCGCAGCGCAAUGCGCCCUCUUUCCAGCAAUUGAACGCCAAGCGUCGGAAGACUCUCUCAGAUGACGAGGACGAAGAGCCUGCCGACGCCCGACGUUCUAUGAUGGCCCCGCCGAUCAGACAAUCCAAUGUGCGCAAGUUGUACCCAGAGCGCGAACGUCUCAUGUCGGUCAUCGAUAAGGCCAAGGAACCGAACAAGUUCUCCCAUGGAUACAAGCCGGCACCUGCUGGCCCUUCGUCCCACGGGCAAUCAAUGUUCAAGCAAACCGUCAAAGCGCAGCACCAACUGCAACACAGCAAGCUUGGAAACCACCCCAAUGACAUGGCCACAAUUUCGAAAGCGAAGAUCCCCUUUGCCGACGCGUCAGGUCCCUCAGCCGCUGCUGGUCCUUCCUCCAGCGUGUUCAAGACACCUGCACGGACCACCACCGUUCCUCUUGCUUCGCCGCAUUUCCCUACGCCCGAGCUACCGGAAAUUGCCACGGAUUCGGAGGACGAAGACUCGGAUUCGGAGGCGGCCAACUUCCAGGCCCCGUCGUGGGUCAACUCACCUGCCCUGCGCGAGCUGCUCACACAGCAACAGCUGGUUGAUCCAUUGGAGGUGUUUGGGCCGAUUCCGCCUCUGCAGAUGGAGGAAAUUUUCAAAAAUAAGGACAGGCACAAGAGAUUCAGAGAGAGAACGAGCAGCGCUUACUGGGUUAAAGAUAAGCUGACCGAGGAAGAGAGAAAGAAGGAUAUGGAAGGAAGGGAGAGGCUGAUGAGAGAUGGUGGCUGGACGUAUGACAACAAGGGGUCGUAG